GUCUACAGGUAUAUUCGUGUAAAACUGUCAAUCAGUAUUGAAAAGGAAAUUAAUUGAAAUCUGCAUUUUUUCAAAAUGUGGUUGAUCCAGUUACUUUUAAUUAUAACCAUUAGUUACAACGAAGCAGUAAUGGACUUUUCCCCAGUAUUUUUACUGGAUGCUGACAGCGUGCUUAGCCAGGUUGUGAUUCGAGCAAACCCAUUCCAACAAACCGUACCAGAGAAAUUCGUCGAAGUGAUAGAAGAAGCCAGAAGAAAUAGCAAGAUUGUUGUGAUAUUUGUCGAAGAGACCUUCUCCACAGAAGACACGAGCUUAAAGGACAAUUUGGGCUCGCCUUACCAUCACUUGCACAAAGGAUUGACCGAUGAUAAAGUCAAGUAUCUACCAAGCGUCAUAGAACCUUAUAGGACAUUGAAGAGUAUAUUUCCCCAUCAGUCGCACAAUGUAUUUUACCUUAGCAGCACAAGCAAAAAAAUUCAGAUAUAUAGCGGCCGAUACACGCAUUUUUAUAUAUAUUUUAAGGAUUCCAAGAACGAGACUCGAGUUGAUGCGUUGAGGCGACAUGAUGUACUUAUGAAGGAGGUCUAUUUUGUGAUUAGACAGAUAGCAGCGGGACCUAUUGUUGGAUUUUAUACUGGGAAAACAAAUCCAGUUGUUUUAGAUCGGCAGAAUUUUAUUUCUAUGAAGCCAGCGCCGAUCAAAGCCACGCCCGGUGUUACCAUCACGAGUACCGGUGGUAUAUUUAAACUUAGUGGUGUUUAUUCGUUGGUGGGAGAUCGGAAGGCUACAUUCAGCCAGAUUCCGCUGGUGGCCGAAGAAACAUGGUCUGGAAGACGCCUCAAUACAAGGAUGGCCUACACUGACUUUGAGAUCGAGUUCUCGUUUUCAUUCAAAGAUGAUUGUUGGAUUGCUGAUAGUGUAUCCUUGAUGGAAUGGGGUGAAGAGGUGGGUCGUACCAAGAUGGCAGUGGGCGCGCCCUGGGGUUGGUCGUACGUCUGCGGAGAACCCCUGGUGCUCGUCAACACCAGGGAUGGAAGCGCCGUGGUGAUCUCUCAGUAUCAGAUCCAACCAUUUAACACGGCGUUUCUUCGUGAAGACAAUAACUCAACGUGGGAUGGUCAGACCACAAUUGGCAACGGAACUUCGGGUUUCGGGCCAGCCAUACACUGCGGUCCCUACUUCAACCCUCGUAUUCUAGCAGGACUCAUGGUCACCGCUAUGUGUCUCUCCAUACUUAUGUACGGCAUUGGAUUUCUUUAUGAUUGCAAGUCGAACGACAAGCUCGAUGACCCGCACGGAAAACAGCUUGUCAUUGUUUCUGACGGCUCGGCAUAAUAUCUCUUAAUAGGUAUAAGUACCCUAUUAUUAUAUCGCACCGUCUCGUUCCACUGCAAAUCGGUACUAGUGUUUAGGCAUGUAACGUACAUGAAAUAAAUUUCACGCUUGUUUGAUGUUUUCAUGUCACAACACCAGUUUUCUUUGUGAAAUUUACUAUCAAAUCAGUAUAUAUUUUUAAUUUGUAUAGUUAAGAAUAAGUUACCAUGUGGUAAAAAAACAUGAUGAAGGAAUGAUUUAUAAUAAUAACUUAUUAAUCUAUACAUGUUUAAUUAACACAGGAGUAAUUCUAAAAUUCUAAAACAUGUAUACAAACCUGACAACAAUAAACAGAAAAAUCGAAAAAAAUCCUUCGAAUUUACCCUAAAAAAUUCAUUUCGAUUUUUAAGUUUUGGAGGGUGAAAUAGUCGAGAACGAAACACUAAUUUUUGAGUUUAUAAUCAGUCUUAUUAUAAAAUGCGAAGUAAAGUUAUUCCACAUUUAAAUCUUUAUAUUACUUUUGUCACUACUGAAAUGACAGGGAGUUUUUGUUACAACUUUAUUGGCCUAUAUAAAUAUUGUAAACCCAUCUGCACCAAUGUCCAAGUCUGGUAUUUUAUUUAGGUACUAAAAAAGGUAAAAGGUAAAGGUUUAGGUUAAAUAUCGUAAGAUUUUUUUUUGGAUACUUUCUAUUCUUUUGAUGUGGAUAUUAAAGGGACCAGACUUGACAACAAUACUCGAGCUUGCUUCGUACAAGGCUAUUAAAUAGUGUGAUAAGUUUUAAACUUGGAGUAACUUUACAUUGCGUUUAUUCAUAAGAUGAUCAUGUUUAGUUAUCAUCCUUAACGUACUGGCUGUUGUACCAGCGACAUCAGCGCGGCAGAUAUGUUGAUUUAGUCUUCUUAAAUAUUAGGCCUCAGCAAAAGUUACCUUUAAGCGCCAUUCAAAUAGAUAGAUAAAUAAUUGAAUACAGGUAGAUGUAGGCGUGACUUCAUUUCCCAUGGAUGUUAAUGUUUAGAAGAUUUGUUAUUUUCAGUACUUACCUAAAUUAGGUUAAUUGAAUGUUAAGAUUUAAUAAAUUAUUGUUAAGCAA